GGGGAAAGAAGAAAGGACCCAGAGAAAGUGAAGGAAAGAGUCAAAAAACCUCUCAAAAGGGAUCUAUCUUCUGCCUCAAGGAGCAGGUCAGAAGAGCUGCCUCUACUUGUAUUUUGAGAAGACAAAGAGGAAAAUGUCCCAGAAUCUUUCUCUCUCCCCCCACCUCCCCCCUCUGGUUUUCUGCCUGCUUGUCUCUUUUCCUCAAGAUAGGAUUGGAGGCUGGGGAGCAUCUAGGGUUGAUAAUUUGACUUCUGGAUUGAAUGCUCUCUCCAGCAGUAGGUGGUGAUGUAAUAGGUACUAGGAAGAUAUAAAUAUCGGUGGCCAGGGCCCAGGAGCUAUGGCUGGCUGCUAGGGGGAGAGGUUCGCACCCUCCACUCACUAGUCUUCUCUAGUUGAGAUCCAAGUUCGUAUCACUUCCCACUGACUCUCUCUUCCUCUCUCUCUCUCUCUCUCUCUCUCUCUCUCUCUCUCUCUCUCUCUCUCUCUCUCUCUCUCUGGGGUCUCUGCCUCCCUGUCUCUUUCUCCUGUCCCAUGCAGUCGGGCUACUGGCAGCUCUCUAGGGACUGGCUGAGCUGAAAGGCGCUAGCCUAGCUGAAAGGUUUAUGAACUGGGAUCUCUUAGCACCGCUUGGUGUUGUCCUGCCCUCCUCUCUCCUUCUCUGGUCAGAGAUUGAGAAGAGCCCAAGCCGGGCAGGCGGGUGGACCAGGCAGGCAGGCCGGCAGGCAAGCAAGCAGGGCAGGGCAGGGCAGGGGGGUAUUUUUAGAGUCAUUGACUGCCUCCAGCCAAACCACGUGUGUCCCCCCUGCGAGCCGGGAUGCCUCACCCCUCAGCCUUGCUACCGGCGCUGCUACUGGGACUGCUGUCCCCCUGGCCAGGCCGCGGGGGCCCUCUGCCUGCCCCCCACAACGACACGCUCGACUGGCGUUGGGAGACCCUCUUCUCUCGCUCCAUGGCCCGGCUCCCGGGGGAGAGGAAGGAGCUCAACAGGGACGGGGACUAUCUGCUGGGCAUCAAGAGACUACGCCGCCUCUACUGCAACGUGGGCAUCGGCUUUCACCUCCAGGUCCUGCCCGAUGGCCGCAUCAACGGUGUUCACAACGAGAACCGCUACAGUUUGCUGGAGCUGUCGCCGGUGGAGCGGGGAGUCGUGAGCCUCUUUGGGGUCAAAAGUCGUCUUUUCGUGGCCAUGAACAGCAAGGGCAAACUCUACGGCUCGCCCUACUUCAAUGACGAGUGUACCUUCAAAGAGAUUCUCCUGCCCAAUAACUACAAUGCCUACGAGUCCCGGCAGUAUGUGGGCAUGUACAUCGCCCUGAGCAAAAAUGGAAGAACCAAGAAAGGCAACCGAGUGUCACCCACCAUGACGGUGACCCACUUCCUGCCCAGGAUCUGAGGGAAAGACAGCCCCCAGGCCUUCCCGCUCUCACCUGGAGAGGAGGAAUGUCAGAGGCAGAGACGGGAAGGAGGAUCGGCCGGAGCCAGGGAAAAGCAGCCCAACAAACGUGGUGCACUUUCAGUGGACACUUCUGCGGGAGCAGGUGUAUGUAACAUAGCUAAGUUAAUUAUUUAAGUCUGUAUAUAUGGGCCCCAACUUAUUUAUAGCUCUGUGGGUGUGUUGGUUUUCUGGAAAAGAAAUGAACAGAAAAGGGGGAAACCCCACUUUCCUGGGACUGCGCCUCCCCGCCUGCCUCCUGUCACUGUUUCUCAGUUAUCCGUGUGCUGCUGUUAUCAUUUGGCCAGUCGGAGGGCCUUCUGCUGUGCCCUCCCUUGGGUCCCCUUGUGAGCACCCGGGCCAACUAGCCCUUGUUCCGGCUGCCGGGGGUGGUGCCGGGCCCUCAGCCCAUGGCUGAACCCCGUUUGCGUGUGGCUGCUGCUUGACAGAAACAUAUGGGUUUCCUUCUGGUACAAAAAGUGCCCAGUGGAAGGCCACCCCCCAAUUCUGUUUUUAGACCAGCCAGGGCUGGCCUUUGAACCAUCCUCCAGGCAGUCUUCCUCCAUCUACAGCCGGGCAGCAGGGGACAACUCCACACACUUUCAUCCUCCUUCUUUUUAGACCAGCAACGGUCCCGGGGCCCUUCCCCCUGUCGGGGCAUUGGGAAAUGAGGGGAAAGGGGGCCUGCCUGGUUGGCAUGGAGUGCCCGCUUCCUUGUGAACCCAAUGCCAAACCCUUCUUUUUGUUGCAAAAUAUGUGGUAGCUGCUCCCCAGUUCCGACGACUGGCUCGCCAGCCUGGAGCAGAGGGGGCGGCUCUGCCGCUCUGACUCCCCGGCUCGAGCUCGAGCUGGCUCUCUCGCCUUUCCAGAAAUCAAUGGCGUGCUUGGAAGGAAGGGCCACUUCUCGGCCUGCUGCCCCGUUGGCUUCGUGUCUACCUCAGCAACUCUUCUAAGCGGGCUCCCAGCCAAAUCCCCAAAGCCAGCCCGGAUUUCUGCUUUCCAGAGUCUCUCCCCGGCUCUGGAGGGUGCCGUCCCAGCGCCCCGAUUUUCCAUAUGUAGCCAAGAAGCAUUCCACCGGUGUGGGAUCCCAUCUGAACCUUGUCACGUUUGAGCUAUCUUUACCCGGGGAUUUACUUUUAGUAAGGAUAAUCAUGGAGAAAAUAUUCGCAGACAGCUGUCAGAGGGCACUAUAUGGUCAGUGAGUAACCCUAUAUUUUUCUUUAUAUAUUUUUCCAAUGGAAGCCCUGUCCCUGGAGCAAAGGCAGAAGAGGCAGAGGCAGGGGCUGGGGACGGAGACAAAGGGCCCCCCCACCCCCUGCCACCCAAUGGCCAGUGGGGACAUUUUCGGGAAUGGUCUUUGGAGUUCACACAAAAUGGCCUUAGGUGGCGGCUACCAGAAACGCCCCAAAUGUUUACGAAAUACUUGAGCUCUCCUCGAGGACGUUUGCAAACCGGCUCCCGAAUUAACUUUAUGGGUCCCAGCAGACAGAGACAGCGGGCCUGGGGAGCAUGUGAGGCUCGCCUUUUCCCUGGAACAUUCUUGCUUUGGGCCGUUGCGCUUAUCGGCUCUCCAGUGUCUCCUUUCCAUCACCUGCUCCCCUCCCCUGGGCUCCCUUAGCCCGUGGGGCUGCGCGGGUGCAGGGGGGUGCCAGGCCUCUGGGGAGCGGCGGCCCAGGCAGGCCCAGUGGGCAGCUUGGAGGAGUCUUCUGUCAUUUCCAGGAAGAGCCCACCACGGGGAGCAGCGAUUCUUCCCCGUCUCGCACAGCCAGAGCCCUCCAGUUGGCCGGAAAAUCGGUCCCGUUUUCUUGUCCCUCCUCCACAGACGCACAUCAGGAAGAGCUCCCAACAUGGUCGGGCGCCCUGUUCCCCACGGCCUGGCCUGGCCGGCCCUUGGAAGUCCUGUUGCGCCAUAUUGACCCGGAUGUGUGUCUGACCAGUAUUCACAGAAUCUGUCUGUAGUUUUAUACAGCUACUGUCUGAUAUUGCAGUGUAUGUGCUAUGCACACGGAACACGGAAUAAAUAAUGAUUGGUUACCAU